UUGGGCAUGUUUGAGACGACCACACUCAGAUAUUUCGGUCAAGCGAAGAAAGAUACAUACUCAUGUUCGGAAAUGUUCACGUUAUGCAUACUUGUGACCGUCUUCAUACCGAGCGUUUGUGGUAACAGCUGGUGUUCCUGGGGCACAUAUGGAGACGCAUGUGACAAAAACUGCAGUGCGCACUGUCGUCCUCGUCCUAACACAAACACUGUUCACUGUCACAUAGAAAGUGGGAAGUGUUCAGAAGGAUGCGUUGCAGGCUGGUAUGGUGAUGAAUGCAACAAAGUGUGCAGCAAGAAUUGCAUGAACAACAUCUGUAGUCACGAAGAUGGAACGUGUACAGUUGGGUGUAAAGAUGGCAAAAAGGGAAAUUUUUGUGAAGUGGAAAACAACGAAAGGAAAUCACAGGAGGGUACAGAAGAUGCUUGGGGUAUCAUUCUCCCAAUUACAGUUGUGGUGGUGACCAUCUUGACUGUAAUCAGUCUAGUGAUUGGAUGCGUCCGUCUUGGCCAUAAUAGGCGAGGACCAAGUACUGUGAAAGGCGGUGGUCAUGAAACCUCAUCCUUCAUACCGAAUGUGCCACAGGAAGUAUAGAGAUUUUACAAGUAAUAGUCAAAGUGUGACAGCCUCCAUCGUUGCAAUACGUAAACAUCAAAUGGAGACCGAUGUCGAACAGACAUCAUAUGGAUGAACAGUUUUAUCUGAAGACUAAUUACACUGUAGCCAUGGCAUGUAUAUAUCUAGAAUCACUUAAUCACAACAGUUAAUUCCCAUUGACUUUUAGGCAUCCUGAACGAGCUGUGUACCUAUGUCACUACCCAUUAUUACUGUUGUUUAUAUUUAUGGCUUAAUCCGUGUCAUCUGACCUUGAACAUGGAGACACUCAAUUGAUAGCAGUACUUGGGCCGAGGCAUAAACACUGACACCACCCAACCCCCACCUUCCACACACACUGUUUUCAAAAAUUAUAUUUCUUAAACGUUUUUCUUUACUAAGGUGCUGUAGAAUCGCUGCACGUUUACACAACAGGCUUAAUUCAAAACCAAUUAAUCGUUUCAACAAAAUCAGUAAAUGCACCAUUGUCUCACUAGAUUUGUUCGUUCAUCGACCCCUUGUUUGAUCACAGGCCGCCAUCACAUUGCAGGAGUAUUGCUGUACAGCGUCAGACAAUAAAUACUUACUUAUUUGUGUGAGUGGCGGGUUCUACCGGUAGGGCAGGACAUGCUUUCCCUUUUCGCUAACACCUGGUAUCAUCACCGGUUUUAGAUUGCCCAGCCAUAUCAUUUUCACAACUAUUUAGCCUUUUAAGCCAAAUGGUAUCUGUUUCAGUGGAUAAUCAAGACUGGUUAAUAUCUUGCAUUGGCAUUUUAUAUUAACCGGUUCGAGAGUCGAGGUGAAAAUAAAUUAUUAUGACUGACUGGAUAUUAAAAUAAGUCAAACUUGAAAAUAUUUUCUCCACGCGGCCUUAAAAUAGAAUGUACUGAAUGUAAAGGUCACGCGUGUGUCGUACAGGGAUGAAAUCUUCUGUUUGUUUUGAUUGGUUAUCCUUUACCCUUUUAAUUGUUACAUGCUAAAACUAUGUUUUCAUUUAUAUAGGAUAUGUAACACUAUGUCUUGUGGGCCGCUGGCCUCCAUGUCUUUUUGAACACAUGAUAUCAGAUCUGGGGCUCUUUUAUUUGACAUUCUGCACAAAGAGGUCAUGCAGAUAACCUUUAUCAUGAGGAAGAUUCUUUUUUUUCAAAUCAUUCAAAAUCUAACGUGCCAAAAUUUAGCAACAGGUGAGGUGAAAUGAAGCUUAAUGCCGCGUUAACGUCGCGUGCAAGAUUAUUGUUGCGACACUCGUGUACAUGUCCGUCUGUCUGUCUACUUGUACUAGUCCCGAAUGAUGCCGGUUUUCUAGUGCCACUGAGAUACCAUGCCACAGUUUCACAUGAAUACUAGGUCGGCGUCGUAGCCCAGUGGUUAAAGCGUUCGCUAGUCACGCCGAAGACACAGGGUUUGAUUCCCCUCGUGGCUUCACUGUUUGAAACCUUUUUUCUGGAGUCCCCACUGUGCUAUUGUUAGAAUAUUGCUAACAGUGAAUUAAAAUCAUACUCACUCACUCAUUCACGUAACCUAGCUAUCCAGCUCAGACACAGUAUACUUCGAGCCGACCAGACCACAGUUUAUCUCUUUAAUGGCGAGCGCCAGGCACGGUAUCUUCAAGUAUCAUACUUUAACGUCUUUAAGUAUGAAUCCACUAGACCACGUAGGCGGUCGCCUGCAAAACAAAGAACAUUUACAUUUAAAUAGCGUGAGAAAAACCGUUAGUUUCUCAAGAAUCACCCACGCACCAUCCUGGAGUAUGUCGCCUCGCAUGGAGUACCGGGAAACCGGCGACAGUUACAAGUCAAAUGCAAACAACAGAACUUAACAUUAUGGGAAGGCUUCAACAAGUUAUCGAUAUCAUAAUCUCGUGUUGGUGGACAAGGCUCGAAAAAAAGACACCAAAUGUCGUCGUAGCUUCGCGGGCGCGGGCGCGGCCGUUUAAAUGAAAGUACAGUGCAUUGUGCGUCAUGAAUUACCCUCCCUGUCCCUAUUCCCCAUGCAGCUCUCCUACGUAAUGAAUACUAACUCACUUCCUCAAAGAAGCGAACUGUAUGCGGUCGACACAUUUGGAGUACGCAUCAUUAUAUCAUCUGAGCUUUGACAUAUAAUGCUUGUACGUUUCACUGACAUUCCAACUUGAUCUAUGUCUUCACGAGGUAUCUAGCUGUAAUAUGUAUUUUUGUAUCAUUUUAUGUUUACAAUCCGACACCACAUAGUUGACUCAACUGUCUCCUAGUGUUGAGCGCCAUGGCAAUACCUGCAUAACGGGAGUCUGGCUAAUUUGUUAACUGUUCUAAUGUUUUAUAUUAUGUUAUUACAUUUGUGUUUUUAUAAAUAUAGCCGACAUGUAUCAACAACGUGUUUUGUUAGCUUCUUUUUUAUUGUUUUUUUAUUAGUUAUCUAUGUUCGUGUUAACAUUAAUAUAUCUCCUAACUGGUCUGUCUUGCACAGGGUUUGUGUAGGCUCCGCUUGGGGGAAAAUACUUGAUAUGUUUGCCAACUGUACAUGUGCAUUGUGUAAGGUGUGAUUGGUAAGUGUGUCAAACACAGUGAAACUAUUGCUCUCUCAGUAUAUCAUACAGUUGUACAUUUGUUAUCACAAUUAAAUGUCAUUUUUGGUUACAUAUUUAUUAAGAGGGUCAUGAUUAUAACUUUGCAUUUUACGCAUUGUGUCAUUUGGAGUGUUUGUCGAUGUAUGAACAAGAGGUGUGAGCGACUAUUGUUAUUUCAUGGACCUAUAUUGAAUGAUUAUGUUGUUGU